AUGACCAUGGCUAGUCCAUUCGGCGUCUUUGUUUGUCUACUCAUAGUGCUACCUCAAAUCCAGGCCGCUUCUAUCCCCUACAAUGGGACUGUACCUCUUCAGGGGUGUCAGAUCCCUUGUAUGACCGAAGUUAACUUGCACUUGUUCUUGCACCAAUUCGUCGAUGGGCCAAACCAGCCAAACCGCAAUGAGGAAACCUUGCUCCAAACAAGUUUUCCUUUUGGGUUUGGGACGACGAUAGUUCAUGACUGGACUCUUACCGAGACAACAAAUUCCAAAGAUACAGUUGUUGCACGUGCACAAGGCGUGCAUGUCCAGGCUGGUUUAACCAAGGAUAAUAGAUGGUACAUGACUCAUAACAUAGAGUUUGAGCAAGGAAGGUUUGCAGGGUCUACCCUUCAGGUGAUUGGCAUAACAGCGGGUUUGGAAAGUGGCCAGUGGUCCAUUGUUGGUGGGACUGGUCAAUUCAUUAUGGCACAGGGUAUAAUAAGUUUCACAAAUCAUCCUGCCUCUACUUGGGAAGAUGGUAUUAAAGAACUUAAUAUCCGUGUACGCUACACGAAUCCGCAACCUGCUUGA